UCGGAUCUCGCCCUGGCUCUGGUUAAGCAUCUGCCUUUAAAAAUUGAUAGACCAGUGUAACCACUUCUGUAUGACAUAGUAAGUGUGUGUGUGUGUGUGUGUGUGUGUGUGCUUAAAUGAGUGGCAGAGCAGAAAUAGGGCAGUUCCAUUUUAGUCACUGAUGAGUCUUUUCAGGACUUACCUACUGGGGUUUGUAGAUGCAGCAACAAAAAAAAAGAAUAUAAACACACAAAAUUAGAUUAACACCAAGUGAGUCAUGCUGAAAUAAUUAACUUUGCAAGUAAUAUUUGGCCUUAAAGUUGCAUCCAGACUACAUCCGAUUGCACACUGUACUUAAAAGCAGAUACUGGAAAUGGUGUAAACUCUUUUCAGUUAUAAGUGUGUGUCCGUGUAUGCUUAUAAAGUGUGUGUGGAUAGAAAGCAGGUCCCUACUGUGUAUCACUCGUCUAUUUAUAGUGAGAACAAAUCCCAGAUAUGAAAGGAAUCCUUCUGCCACUUAGAGGCAGCGAGAAAGGGAGAGGGCGGAGAGAAGACGAAAAAGACACGAAAGAGAUGGAGAAUAGACCAAGUACAAAGUGAACUUAUGUACUAGUGUUGUUGCAUCAACAGGUCAGUGGACUUACCGGGGGCGAUUAUGUCCAAGCCUUCGUCCAACGUUAAGGCCCUUCAGGCUAAUCUGAACAUCCCGAUGGGGGCUCUGCGUCCUGGGGCGGGUCAUCCUGUCAGGAGGAGAGAGGAGACAGCAGACACAGAAGAGGCUCCUUCACCAGACCAGCCCCAGGCAGCGGCUCAGACGCCCGAGGAGAAGAAGACGUUGCCGGGUGCAGUGAAGCUCCCGGGGCCGGCUGUCAAUCUGUCAGAACUGCAGAACGUCAAGAGCGAACUACGAUGGGUCACAAAGGAUUAAUGUGAUCCCCAGCCGGGCGCAUGAGAAGAAGGUAGAUAAUCUUCAUAAACACAGACUCGACCACUGCCACUGAAGACUGACAAUCCAAACUACAAUCCAACACUUCCACAGAGUCAAGUGAAGCCGAGCUGUGCAGAAAACGUUCAGCGUGCACACUUGAACACCAAGAUGCUGGCAUCCGUAAACUCCGUCAUAAUCAGGACUCUUACAUUUUGAAACACUCAAACUUACCGUGUUAGUUCAUAUUGUUAAAUUUGUGUAAAACUGAUCUGAAUUUCUGCAACAAACUCCAUUUUUUUUAAGAUUAAAAGAAAAUAAGAUACGCAGCAAUGAACGGGAUAUUCUUUAUUUUUCUUAUUUUGAGAUGUUGUAAAUCACAUAAUGCACAGCUGUCAAACAUGUGGCCCGGGGGCCAAAUCCGGCCCGCCAAAGAGUUCAGUCCGGCCCCUGAAU